UUGCAAUCUGAAGGAAGAAGAGACAAAAUGAGGACAUCAUUGAAGAAGCUCCCACGGUUCGCAAUUGUAGCCAGGCACGGUCGCUCUGCUGACAAAAAAGAGCGUCGUCUUCAACAGUUUGUCGCCCAACUAGAUGAUCUUGCUCAUGCCUCCGAGGACAUGGAAGAGAUGAAAGACUUUUAUGAUAGCUUACUUUCUUCUGCUGCAGCAACUACUAACAGUGCAUAUGAAUUCUCCGAAUCAUUGAGAGAAAUGGGUACUUGCCUUUUAGAGAAGACUGCAUUGAGUGAUGAUGAAGAAAGUGGAAAAGUUUUGCUAAUGUUGGGUAAAGCGCAAUUUGGACUUCAGCAACUAGUUGACGAUUAUCGUUCUCAUAUUGUGAAAACAAUUACAAGCCCUUCUGAGUCCCUUGUUAAUCAACUUCAAACACUUCAGGACAUGAAGCUACAAUGUGAUGAGAAAAGAGGAAUAUAUGAACAUAUGAUAAAAAGAUAUAGAGAAAAGGGUAAUUUGAAAAGCAGUAAGGCAGAAGAUUUCUCUUAUCAGCAGUUGCAAGCAGCUCGAAAUGCAUACGAUGAAGACGCAAACCUAUUUUCAUUCCGUUUGAAAUCUCUGAAAGUUGGCCAGUCACGAAGUCUACUUACACAAGCAUCUCGUCAUCAUGCUGCUCAGAUGUGCUUCUUCAGGAGGGCCCUCAAAUCUCUUGAGGCAAUAGAACCAUAUGUUAAAUCGAUUGCUCAAAAUCAGCACAUAGACUAUCACUUCAGUGAACUUGAAGACGACAAUGACGAUAACUACGACAGUGAUGGUAACACCGCUGUUCCAAUCGACGAUGAACAUAGUAAUGAAUAUGGGCAUCAUCGUGAGGCUUCCUUUGAAUUUAUGAGAGAAGUGAAAGCAACCCGCCAAUCAGCAGCUACCUUUGAAUUUAUGAGAGAAGUGAAAGCAAGCAGCCAAUCAGCGCCACUUUACGCUGAAGAAAAGAUUGAUCCUUCUCAAAGAUUCAUACAGCUACAAAAAUCAUCUUCUAAAAAGAUCCAUUCUUACGUAUUACCAACUCCAUCUGAUACUCCGGUUUCUCGAAUGAAAAGAACAAAUCUCGAUUACUGGCAUUCUUCUCCCUUACAACAGAACACACCUUCUGUUCUCACAGAAAACAAUGAUAAUUCAACUACUUCCCAGACCCCUCCUCCUAUACCGGAGAAUCUUGAUUACAUAAAGGUAAAAAGGCAGGCCUUUUCUGGCCCACUGAACAAAGCAGGUAACCAUGCUUCAUCUUUGUUCAGGCCAACAGAAGAACGAGGAAGACCUCAACUGUUUUCAGGACCCAUAUUGCAUAAACCAAUGACAUGGCCCAGUUCAUCUCCAAAUGUUUCACCUACUUUUGCAUCGUCGCCGAAAAUCAGUGAGCUUCAUGAACUUCCUAGACCACCUGCAAAUCAAAUUGGCCAUUCUGCCCCCUUAUUUUUGAAACGUAAUGAAAUUCCUGCUGUAAAUAAUCCGGUAAUGUCUACUAAGAUAGCAUCUCCCCUACCAACACCCCCUUCUUCAAUACCUCGUAGUUUUUCUAUACCUUCUAGAGAAAGAACAACUGUUUCACUUCCCUCAAGUCCAGUAGCAUCUUCAAGAUCUUCAAAUAUGGCUGAAAAUGUUGCUUCAGAUCCUCCUCAUCCACCUUCAGAUCAAUAACUGUUAUUGAUUGCAGAGAUUGUGUAAGGCAAUAAAUGCAUCACAUGUGAUACUACUACCAAUAACUUAUGAUGCAAUGGAGGUUUGUUCAUUGAGAGAUCUGUUGGGAGAUUGGAGAAACCAAUGAGCAGAGCAUAUAGAGAAAAAGACUGACUAGUUUACUGAUUUUGUGUUGUUUGUUUCUGACAAGAAACAGGGAAAUGUUAUGAAACCUUAGAAAUGAAGGGUUGAGAUGCAAUCAAGAAAGAAAGAAGACAGCCAUCUCAUAAGAAAAUUGUUAGCCAAACAAGUCAUAACCUUUUGUAAUCAAGCUCAGAUUGAGUAAUAAAUAAAAGUAGUUAUUUCUCC